ACUAAUCCAAGCAGACAGUGUCCACUGCAACACACGCACAAAUACUGUACAUUCACACCUACACCUCAUUCACUCAGUCACAGAGUAGCGGUCGUGCAGGAAGAUGCAGAAAUGUCUGACGGAGGUGUCGCCUAGGUGUGCAGGUUAUGAUGCUGAAAGUGCCAUCACUGUGAAGUAAUACUGCAAGCAAUUACAUCAAUGCCAGCAACACCAGGAGGGUAAAAGUAGUCGCAAUUAUGCCUAGAAGCAAGAGCUCUGAGUCUGUGAAGGUUGUUGUUCGGUGUCGCCCAAUGAAUGAAAAAGAGCGUGCUGCAAACUUUGAGAGGGUGGUGUCUGUAGAUGUAAAGCUAGGUCAGAUUGUAGUGCGUAAUCCAAGAAGUCGGUCCACUCAUGAACAUCCCAAAGUUUUUACUUUUGACUCGGUAUAUGACUGGAACUCAAAGCAGGUUGACCUCUAUGAUGAGACUUUCAGGCCACUGGUGGAGUCAGUGUUGUUGGGAUUCAAUGGCACCAUAUUUGCUUAUGGACAAACAGGUACAGGAAAAACAUAUACAAUGGAAGGAGUACGCAGUGACCCAGAAAAAAGAGGAGUCAUUCCCAACUCCUUCGAGCACAUUUUCACACAUAUCUCCCGAUCACAGAACCAGCAAUAUCUGGUCAGGGCAUCAUACCUGGAGAUUUACCAAGAGGAGGUCAGGGACCUGCUAGCCAAGGACCAGUCUUGUCGCCUGGAGCUGAAAGAGAGACCUGACACAGGUGUUUAUGUCAAAGAUCUUUCUUCAUUUGUCACUAAAAGUGACAGGGAGAUUGAGUAUGUUAUGAAUGUAGGUAACCAAAACCGUUCAGUUGCCUCAACCAACAUGAAUGAGCAUAGUUCCCGUUCUCAUGCCAUAUUUGUCAUCACUAUUGAGUGUAUUGAGUUGGGUCUAGAUGGGGAGAACCACGUCCGUGUUGGAAAACUCAAUUUGGUUGACCUGGCAGGAAGUGAAAGGCAGGCAAAAACAGGUGCUCAAGGAGAAAGACUAAAGGAGGCCACCAAAAUCAACCUCUCCCUGUCUGCUUUGGGUAAUGUCAUUUCUGCAUUAGUGGAUGGCAAAAGCUCCCACAUUCCGUACAGAGAUUCCAAGCUCACGCGUCUGCUACAGGACUCGCUGGGAGGCAAUGCCCGCACUGUCAUGGUGGCUAACAUUGGACCAGCCUCAUACAAUGUAGAGGAGACUCUAACUACGCUACGCUACUCAAACCGUGCUAAAAACAUCAAAAACAAGCCCCGCAUCAACGAAGACCCCAAGGACGCCCUUCUAAGGGAGUAUCAGGAGGAAAAAGCUCGUCUGAAUCAGCAGUUAGAGAAACGAUCAGCGAAAAAGAAGAAGAAAAGGCAGAAGAGAAGACUUGGGGAGGGAGGAGAGGAACUGGAUGAUGAUGAUAAUGAGGAGGAGGAGGAAGGGGCGGGUGGGGAUAAGAACAUAGAUGAUUAUUGGUGGGAGCAGCAGGAGAACCUAGAAAAGGAGAAGAAAGCCAUUAUGGAGGACCAUAGUCUGGUGGCAGAGGAGAAACAGCGACUGCUGUUGGAGAAGGAGAAGAUGAUGAAUGAUCUCCAUCGGGAAAAGGAGGCAUCUGAGAUGCUUGCAGCCAAAGUCAAGGCUAUGGAAAGCAAGCUGUUGGUUGGAGGGAAAAACAUUGUUGACCACACUAAUGAGCAGCAGAGAAUUCUGGAUCAGAAAAGGCAGGAAAUUGCAGAACAGAAAAGGUGUGAACGGGAGAUGGAACAAGAGGUGGAGUGUCGCGAUGAAGAGACUCUUGAGCUGAAGGAGACAUACAGCUCGCUGCAACAGGAGGUUGAUAUAAAGACCAAGAAACUAAAAAAGCUCUUCGCAAAGCUACAAGCUGUGAAGGCAGAGAUCCAUGAUGUCCAGGAGGAACAUAUUGAAGAGAGACAAGAGUUGGAGCAGACACAGAACGAAUUAACCAGAGAAAUCAAACUGAAGCGUUUGAUCAUCGAGAAUUUCAUUCCGUUGGAGGAGAAGAAUAAGAUUAUUUCGAGGGCGACCUUCGAUGAGGAGGAUGACACCUGGAAAAUGAAACCCAUUACCUGUGUUCAAGAUGACCAGCAGAUGAUGAGAAGACCAGUGUCUGCAGUCGGGUACAGGAGACCGCUGAGUCAACAUGCAUGCAUGGCCAUGAUGAUGCGCCCUGAACCCAGAAAUAGGGCUGAGAAUAUCCUGAUGCUGGAACUUGACUUGCCCACACGCACCACUAAAGAGUACGAGGAACCCAUGAUUGCACCAAAGGUGGCAGCUGCUUUAGAACAUGCAUUGAGGGAGGAGGAUGACAUCCAUGUAGAUGCUUCGGCCUUGGGCCAGGCUGGAUUCAUCAAUAAACCCAAAACAAGCUGUCCCAAAACAGGAAAGAAAGUGAACACCCCCAUGUCAGCUCACAGCCUCUCCAGCUCAGGACCCCCACUCUACCCCCAGUCUCGUGGCCUUGUCCCCAAGUUAUGAUGGUAAAAGUGCCAUCACAGUGAAGUAAUACUGCAAGCAAAUACAUCAAUGCCAGCAACACAGGGAAGGUAAUAGUAGACGCAAUUCUGUCCAGAAGCAAGAGCCCUGAGUCUGUGAAGGUUGUUCUGUUGCUCGAUGAAUGAAGAAGAGCAUGCUACAAACUUUGAGAGGGUGGUGUCUAUAGAUGUAAAUCUAGGCAAGAUUGUAGUGCCUAAUCUGAGAAGCUGGUCCACUCAUGAACACCCCAAAGUUUUUACGUUUGACUCAGUCUAUGACUGGAUCUCAAAGCAGGGUACCUCUGUGAUGAGACUUUCAGGCCACUAGUGGAUUCAUGCUUGGAUUCAAUGGCACCAUCUUUGCUUAUGGACAAACAGGUAGAGGGAAACCAUGUACAAUGGAAGGAGUAUGCAGUGACCCAGAAAAAAGGAGUCAUUCCCAACUCCUUUGAGCACAUUAUCACACAUAUCUCCUGAUCACAGAACCAGCAAUAUCUGACCAGGGCAUCAUACCUGGAGAUUUACCAGGAGGAGAUCAGGGACCUGCUAGCCAAGGACCAGUCUCGCCGCCUGGACCUGGAGAAGUCAAAGACCUUUCUUCAUUUGUCACUAAAAGUAUCAGGGAGUUUGAGCAUGUUAUGAAUGUAGGUAACCAAAACCGUCCAGUUGACUCAACCAACAUGGAUGGGCAUUUUUCCUGUUCUCAUGCCAUAUUUGUCAUCACUAUUGAGUGUAGUGAGUUACAUUUACAUUUACAGCAUUUGGCAGACUCCCUUAUCCAGAGCGACAUACAAUAAGUGCUUAAAUCUCUAUCACUGGAUACAUUAAUGCUGGCUCACUAGGUUACACACUUAAGAUACAGUACCAUGAGUUUAAAACAUUGUUCAAAGUUACGAUGAGUUUUUUUAACAUAAAUGCAAAAGAUAAGGAAAGAAGUGCUAGUUGAAGUGUUUCCUGAAUAAGUAGGUCUUCAACCGCCAUUUGAAAAUAGCCGGUGACUCAGCUGUCCGGACCUCUAGGGGAAGUUCAUUCCACCACCUUGGUGCCAGAACAGAGAAUAGUCUUGUAGUAUGCUUGCCUCUUACCCUGAGAGAUGGUGGAACCAGUCGAGCAGUGCUGGUAGAUCGGAGGGUGCGGGUGCAGUGAUGAGGGCUUUGAGGUAAGAGGGAGCUGGUCCAUUUUUGGCUUUGAAGGCCAGCAUCAGUGUUUUGAAUCUGAUGCGUGCAGCUACCGGAAACCGACAUGAGUGAGUCACAUUAGCAACAUGAGAGGAAAAGGACAGUUGAUUGUCCAUGGUUUCCCCAAGGUUGCGAGCUGUGGCUGAAUAGGAGAUUAGAUCGUUGUUCAAGGAUAUAGCAAGAUCAUGACCUGGGGAUGAAUCACCUGGAUGAACAGCAGUUCAGUUUUGCUAGGAUUGAGCUUUAACUGAUGAGCAGUCAUUCAUGAUGAUAUUUCUGCCAGACAUGCUGAGAUCCGAUCAGAAGUUGUGGUAUCUGAAGGUGGGAAAGAGAAGUUGUGUAUCAUCAGCAGAGCAGUGGUAAGAGAACCCAUGUGAGGAAAUAUCUUCACCAAGAGAGUGAGUAUACAGGGAGAAAAGAAGAGGACCAAGUACUGAGCCCUGUGGGACACCAGUGGAGAGUCUGCAUGGAGCAGAUGUCAUUCCCCUCCAUGAUACCUGAUAUGAGUGUCCUUCCAGGUAGGAAGCGAACCAUUCCCAAGCUGAUCCGCAAAUCCCAAGACUCCUGAGGGUGGAUAAGAGAGUCUUGUGGUUGACCGUAUCAAAUUCUGCUGAAAGAAACGAGAGAAGUGAUACCGGCCUGUAGUUACUGAUGUCAGAUAGAUCCAGAGCAGGUUUCUUUAGGAUGGGAAUAACCCUUGCUCUCUUGAAAGUAGUUGGUACUUGACUAUAUUGUAUCUAUUGAUGAUAGUGGUAAUGAAGGGCAGAAGGUCUUGCGAGAUGGUCUGGAGCAUAGUGGAAGGGAGUGGAUCCAUUGGGCAGGUGGUAGGAUUGCAAGACUGGAUGAGAUGACUUGUAAGAUCUCUUCUGUGAGUUAGGUCUAGAUGGGGAGAACCACACCCACAUUGGGAAACUCGAUUUGGUUGACCUGGCAGAAAGCGAAAGGUAAACAAAAACA